CCGCUGCCGCCUUUCGGUUUCUCUCUUUUCCAGGAAGGAAAACACCGGCGGGGACCGGGGCCGCGCCCCCCACCCCCCACUUCCCUUCCCGCGCCCUCUCCCUCUUCCCGCGAGCGCGCAUCGCCUCUCACGCGGAGCCGCGAGCACGCGCAGGGCACACGCGCGGGGAGGGGGGGGCGCGGGCGGCUGCGCGCGCCCGCGGGGAGCGGCGGCGGCAGCAGCAGCAGCAGCGAGGAGCGGCCCCGGCCCCGGCCCCGCGGCCGGACCCCUCCGCGCCACCCCGGCCGCGCCGCGCCCGCCCCCAGCCGCCACUUCCCCUUGAGGGGCCGGGCCGGGCCGGGUCGGGCCGCGCCGCCGCGCCGGGAGAGGAGCGGAAAGUGGGGAAAGCCCGAGAACUUCCCGUCUGCCUGCCCGCGCCUGCCCCGCCGGGCUCCGCCGAGUCCCUCCAGAGAGAUGUCCGAGGCUCCUGCUCAGUGUUGCAUCAAGGUUUGCAGCCGGUUUACUGGAGCAGGGAAGAUGUGGCACAGUGGCUUCGGUGGGCAGAGAAGGAGUUUUCCUUGAGACCCAUUGAGAGCAACACCUUUGAGAUGAAUGGCAAAGCUCUGCUGCUCCUGACCAAAGAGGAUUUUCGAUACAGGUCCCCUCAUUCAGGUGAUGUUUUGUAUGAACUCCUUCAGCAUAUCCUGAAGCAAAGGAAAGCCCGUAUGCUCUUCACACCUUUCUUCCACCCUGGGAACUCUAUCCAUGCUCAGCCAGAGGUCAUAUUGCACCAGAAUCAUGAUGAAGAUAGCUUUGUUCAGAGACCUUCAAGACCAUCUGCAGAGGCAAUGCACCACAACCCCCCAACCAUUGAACUGUUGCAUCGCUCACGGUCACCCAUCACCAACAACCACCGUCCGUCACCAGACCCCGACCAGCGGCCACUGAAGUCCCCCAUGGACAGCACCUUCCGCCGCCUGUCCCCGGCCGACAGGGUGCCAGGGACAAGGCACCAGCAUGAGAACAACCAGCAGGAGCCCUAUCCUCUCUCAGUGUCCCCAAUAGAAAACAACCACUGUCCGCCUCCUUCCGAGGUGCUCCAGAAGCCCUCCAGCCCUCGCCAGGAGAACACCAGGGUCAUCCAGCUGAUGCCCAGCCCUAUCAUGCAUCCUUUGAUACUGAACCCCAGGCACUCCGAUUUCAAACCACCGAGGUUGUCUGAGGAUGGGCUGCACAGGGAAGUCAAGCCCAUCAACCUGUCCCACCGAGAAGAGUUAGCUUAUAUGAACCACAUCAUGGUGUCUGUCUCCCCUCCCGAGGACCACGCGAUGCCAAUCGGCAGGAUAGCAGACUGUAGGUUGCUUUGGGAUUAUGUUUAUCAGCUGCUUUCUGACAGCCGGUACGAAAAUUUCAUCCGAUGGGAAGAUAAGGAAUCCAAAAUAUUUCGGAUAGUGGAUCCCAAUGGGCUGGCCCGUCUGUGGGGAAACCACAAGAACAGAACAAAUAUGACUUAUGAGAAAAUGUCCAGAGCCCUACGCCACUACUACAAACUAAAUAUUAUCCGGAAGGAGCCAGGACAAAGGCUUUUGUUCAGGUUCAUGAAGACCCCAGACGAGAUCAUGAGUGGCCGGACAGACCGCCUCGAGCACCUUGAAUCCCAGGAACUGGAUGAACAAAUAUACCAAGAAGAUGAGUGCUGAAGGAAACAGGUGCACCACCUCUGUGGGUCCAGGGGAGAAACAUCUGCCCGACGGUCGGCACGGUUUGGGAGGGGAAGCAAGAACACAGGAGCAGUACUUGAGGUCGCCGCUUAGCUUGAAGACCACGCAGGACCUGAAGCACCUUAACAAAACAAACUAACAGGCAGAAGUGGUGCUGGCAGGAAGGCAAAGGGGAAAAAGCCUGGACUUAUGCACUACUUCACUGUUCCUACGAAGUGUCUCGAGUUUUUUCUUUCUUUUUGGUUUGUUUCAGUUUUGGGGUUUUUUUGUCAUUUUUUUUCCCUAAUAAACAUGCAGUUUGACUUUCCUUAUCUCACAUAGGACAAGACAUCAGAUUAUGCUUCUUCUUUUUUGGUUUUUUGUUUUUGGAAGGCUUUCCUAUGGAAAUAGAGUGCUCUUAUUUUCUGUGCAAGUCUCAUGACACAACACCGCAUAAACAAUAGCAACACAGAAGGGAUUUGCUCAAGGCUUCCAGUUUGCUUGGAUCAAUUUAUAUGUGCUGCCACUGGGAAAUGUGUUGAAGCUAUCAAAAGAAUUUCUCACACAUAUCUGUCAAAUGAAGAGGAGACACCUUUCAUAUAGAGGCUGGGCUGUCAUGCCAGCAUAGCUUGGGCUCACAAAGAGUACUCCGAGUGGCUGUUAACUCCUGGAAUAUGGACCAAAACCAAUCACCUAAGUGCUCCGGAGAGGAGAAAAAUAAAUCUGACAAACCUCUGCAAGUGACUAUCAGUUAAUAUUUUCCCUCCUUCCAGGAAAGAAGUGAUAGGAUGGAGCCGGGGGAAGGUAGGGUGGGGACAAAUACAUAUAUAUGUGUGUAUAUACAUUCAAAAGUUCCAUAUAUAUAUAUAUAUAUAUGUAUAUAUAUAUAUAAGUAUAUGUAUAUAUAUAUAUAUAUAUGUAUAUAUAUAUAUCCCCCCAGUAUAUUCACAGUGCAGAAUUGUGAAUUUCAUUUCAGAGUUUUCUAUAAAGAGGGAAAACUGAAGCAUCUGUAAUUACAGAAGGAAAGGGUGUUUCUCAUACCUGCUAGCAAUUUUAGGGUGAAAGGUGAAGGACUGUUCAUUACAUCAUAGGGAGAAAGCAAAGGGACUCAUCACAUGGUUUGUAUUACUCAGAAGCCUCUCCAGGAUCAUUUUGUGCUGCUGGAGAGGUAGAUGAUUCACCACUCUAAAAGCUGAUGUUAGAGAACUAGAGACCAAAUAGCUAUACUUAUCUUAUAAUUGAUUUUGGCUUUGUUUUGGGAUUUGCUUUUUUCAUGCCUCCCACUGCCCUCCCCCAUCCUACAGCUCUGCCAUCAAGGAAGCUUGUCCCAGCUUGCCUGUUUUUAACAUGAUUUUAAGACAAGAAAAAAACAAACCCUACAGCCAUGUUGCUUUCUUGGUUUGGGGUUUUGUUCUGGUUGCAAGGUGCCUCCAUUUGAUUUGCUGCACUGGGGGUGCUUGGCAUGAGGCAAAGAGCUAUGUCUAGUUUGGUCACAGAAAGCUCAGCAGUCCUUGAUGCCCAAACAAGAGAAACUGCUGGCCUUUUUCAUUUCACUGCUUGGACCACCAGGACAGGAAUGUCUGUGGUGUCCAGUGAUCCAUCAGCAGUGGUCCUUUGAAUGGAAGGAAGAUCUAGCAGGAGAAAUGAUGCCUACAGGGGGAAAAGGUGUAUAGGGAAACUGCAGGAGUCACAUGGUGCCUGAAAGAAAGCACGUCCACAGCAGUGCAUUAAGAGCAGAAAGCCUCUUUAAUGGAAACAUGAAAGAAACUAGAUCUGGAAAAAAAUCAAAAGGCUAAUCUAAUCCAUUUCAACCAAAAAACAAGGUACAUUCCCAUGAUAGAGCUUUUAUCAGCUAUUAAACCAACACGGCAUUUGAUCUUUCCACGUAUUUAACAACAGGGUUAAUCUAUCCAGGAAAAAUGGCACUCGGCAAUGAACAGUGUCCCCUGUGUUUAAACAGAGAUAGGCCAAUCUCACCAAAGACUUAAUACUGAGUCACAGGUCAUAGAAGGAACAGCUUUGUUAACGGUGUAGAUAAGCAUCAUACAACAAGAAGAUAUUUUUCUGAGACAGUAUCUGAUGAGGAAUGAUGGGGUGUACAUUUCUCCCUGAGCUUUUCCCAGCCACAUUUUUUUAUAAAAUCACAGUCAGUAGGUUACAAGUCCCAGCACACCACGUACUUGAUCUGUUUUGCCUCAAAACAAUGGAAGGGGAGUGUUUUUCAGCAAUGUGUCACCUGUCUCUGUCUUGACUCUGAAGUCCUUGGAGCUCAUGAGGAAUGAGACUGGGAGACAUUGUGUGACUUCAGUAGUCACAGACCUGAAACCUAAGGUCCCUUGAGACCAAGGGCCCGAGGAGUCACAUUGCUCAAGGACUCCCAAGUUGCAGCCAGGUCUCAGGACUUGGAGUGAAGUGGUGAACUUGACAGAUGGAGUGUGAUCAGAAGUACCAAUGUAAAGAAAGGCUCUAGCUGGAUCCUUGGGUGUCCAGUGGUAGAAAGAAACCAAGUUUUUCCAGAGGAUGAUUCAUCCUCUUUACUGCUGUGGUCUAGACAACUGCAUUAUUUUCUUUCACCUGCUGUUACAAGAUGGUGAAGGGCAAAAAAAAAACCAAUAGGGACUUUCUGUAUGAAGUACUCUGAUGAGUCAGCUUUUUGUCAUGGCCAAGGUGCUCACUGCAAAAUACAGAGAACCAGAAACAAUCCACCCAUUUCCUCACCAUUAUCUUUCAAACUAAGUCCAUCCUCAGCACUGAGUAAGACAGGAGAAUCACAUGUGUUGUCCUAUAGGGAAGCUUUAUAGUGGAAAUGUUCACCUUUACAAAGAAAUGCAAUCACUUUCACUUGCAGAAUCUAAGUCAGAGAGGAAAAAAAUGUUUGUGGCUGUUGGAAACUCUUCCCAGUUCACACAUAAAGGACAUCUUAAGACAAUGCCAUCACAACCACAGAGAAGGAAUUCUCCCAAGGCUGAUGCUAGUUGGAAUGAAAGUAGCCUUUGACUUGGAACAGGCCAGUCCCACAGAGGCUGUUCCUGUCACCUGCCAGGUCUCCUGGUAUCAAAGGGAAUAGUGUGGGUGGCAAUGGAGCUGCCACUGGAGCGGCAGGGCCUUGGGGCCUGUUGUGGGAACUGCAGGAUUUGAACUGCUCUUGGGGUCUUGAAGUGAGUUUAUGACUAAAAAUAAAAAAGUAGUGGCAGGCUAGAGCAGCUGCAGGAGGGAGAUUCCCACAUCCACUGGCAGAUCCAUGGGAGUGCAAAGACAGCAUUAACAUCAUGUAGGAAUGCGUUGCUGCCUGCCAGGGCUAGCAAAGGUAACAUUGUCUUUCCACCAACACUGACACCUGCCUUCCCCCCCUCCCCAGUUUCUGAUUUCCCAGUGUAGAAUUUGCCAGCAGCAAAACAGCCAAACUUUUUGCUUUUGCUAUCAGAGCAAGUGGGGAAAGGGAGAAAGCAUUUAAUCCUUGGAGACACACAAAAGUCACCUGGACGUGAUCCUGGGCAACUGGGCCUGGCUGGCCCUGCCUGACCAGUGGGGGUUUGACCAGAUGACCUCCAGAGAUCCUUGCCAACCUCAGCACCCUGCUGAGGUUCUGAGUGGUUAAGUGGUUAAGCAAAAGUUAAGUGGGACCUUCAUUGUCAUCAGCUUGCUACAAGCCUCAACAAGCUACAGGCCAGCCAGGUAGGACAUGCUGCAGUUCCACAGCAGAGUAUUUUUUUGAUUGAAGUUUGAAAUCUGUUGACUGCCUCUCCAUCCAGAGAACACUACUGGGGCCCUUUCUGUGAACACUAAGUUGCUGCCAUCUUCCCCAGAUUUCAAACUCCACAUAUGCAUUCUCCAGAUCUUUUUUGUCAGACUGCAACUGUACGCGAAUCCAGAGACUGAGGUCUUUUUUAAAAAAAAUAAAAUUAUAGUGUUUUUAUUGAUGAUGGCUUUUGUUUUUUUAAGGUGUGGGGCUAAGGGACUGAAUCAAAUGAAUGUAACAAAACAAAAACAAGCCUAUUCUCAGGGCCAGUGAGUUGCAAAUAAUUUUUAAAAUGCUUGUAAUUACAUCAUCUCAAUAAAAAAAUUUAAUAUAAAAGCAGGAA